AUGUGGUGUCACUUGUUUAUUCAAACUCUUACCGGGGCGGCUCGCGCCUGGUUUGAUAGCCUUCCGCCUGGGAAGAUUAAGUCGUGGGUAGAUUUCAAGACACAGUUUUUGAGCUACUUCAGCCAACAACGUCGCUACCAGCGCGACACGGCCGAAGUAGAAGAUAUUUGGCGAAGAGACGGUGAAGGUUUGGAGGACUUCAUCACCCGUUUUAAUAAGGAAUGUUUGGAGAUAGGCGGCGUUAGUGAACAACUCAUGCGUUGUCACUUUAAGAAGGCCAUCCGCUGCGAUAGUCUCAUUAGAACUAUCUCAGGUAAAGAUGGAAUGCCAAAGGAGUGGGAUAAACUCAUGGAGGCCGCAAAAAUUGUCGCGCAAACCGAGGAGUCACUCGCUGGUAGCAAGAGUUAUUACUCUAAAGAUCGAUUUUCUAGAGGAAACACGCGCGACAACAACAAACGCAACAAAUACAAGAGUAACGACUGGAAGUCUGGGAGAUCAAGAGGCCACGACGACAGGCCGCGCUACAGGGAAGACGCGCGUGAAACGAUUGACCGAAUCGGUUACAAGAAAGCGGUCAAAGACGACAAUCGUGACAAGCACUGGACUCCGCUCACAAAAACGCCGAAAGAAGUAUUGAUGACGGAGAAUCACGACUUCAAGGCUCCCAGGCCUAUGACAAACAAGAAAGGGCAAGACCCCAACUUGUACUGCCACUUUCACAAAGACUCAGGGCACUUGACUGAUGACUGUUACAGUUUGCGCCAAGAAAUCGAGAGAGCACUUAAAAGCGGUAAACUAAGCCAUCUGGUGAAGAACGUGCGCAAAGAAACUCGCCAGCUUCAGCGCCAUGAUGAAGGGAACCACAAGAAAGUCCGACGUCUAGAGACUCACAUGGUCAACGGACCUAGGUAUAGCGCGAAAGAGAAAGGCAAACGUCCAUACGAGCCUUCAUGGCAAGAGCAGCAGGUCAUUUUCCCGAUAGUGCGCGGCGGUCCUCGUGCCACACGACCCGUCGUCAUUACCGGUAUCAUCGGCCAUUAUGAAACGGAAUACAUAUUCAUUGAUCCAGGAAGCACAGCAGACAUCAUUUACGAGCAGUGUUUCAACCAAUUUGAUGAAGAGGACAAGGCGAGGCUCGAGCCAGUCGAUUAUCCCUUGUCCGGAUUUUGCAACGAGAUGGUCUUCCCACUUGGACAGAUCAGUUUCCCCGUCACACUUUCUGACGGCAAACAUUCAAGAACAACAAAUGUGAACUUCAUGGUAAUGCCAGUAAAAUCGAGACAUGAUGUCCUAAUUGGGAGGGAGACCCAGGGUGAGCUGAAUAUGGUAACUUCAACACCCCACUCUGCAAUAGGGUUCCCAACCAAGACAGGAGUAGCAAUCAUCUAUGCCAAAAAGGAAGUGAUGUCAUCUGAAGAAAUGCGCCCAGCGAAAGCGGCGAAGGUUUCUACAACCGAGCCCGAAAAAUGGGUCUUAAACCGCAAAUACCCAGAGCAAACAGGGUAUCAUCAAGUUCAGAUGAAACUCGAAGAUGAAGAUAAGACAGCCUUCAGAACUGAUCUUGGAAUCUUCUGUUACACAAAGAUGCCGUUUGGCCUAAAAGAUGCGGGCGCAACAUAUCAACGGUUGAUGGACAAGACCUUCGCAGGAGACAUUGGAAAGCAUAUCGAAGUUUACAUCGAUGAUCUAGUGCCAAAUGCUCCUUUGGCAUGGAAGAAGGGAAGUUUCUAG